AUGAGCGGUGAUCAUCUGUUGCUCUCAUCACCGGAUUCUCCAUCAGCGCCGCUUGUGCAGCCCUCUACUCUAGCCGAGAGACUCGAGCAGCUCUUGCCUGAUGGUUCCAGUUCUCCUUCCAUUCUUGAUAGCAACGAUGAUGGUCAAGCUGAAUUGUUGUUGGUGAGGGAAUACAUUGCUGAUUCUGACUGUGGUGAGAGACCGGGGAAGCAGAUUUUUCCGGUAGGGCCGGAGUCUCGGCCGCAGUUCCCUUUGGAAUACCCCACGCGGCAUAAAAAACGCCAGGCGUCGUGGGGUACAAUGGAACUGCACAGUAUCAAUGGUAAUUCAGCGUCCCAUGAUGUUCUCCAGGCUCCAUCUGGGGUUCAGGAAAAGGCAAACAAGUGUCACCCGGAUAUCCUCCUACAUGAAGACCCAAGGUUGAUCUAUAUUGAUGAUCCGAAGAGAACAAACGACAAGAAUGAGUUCACUGGCAAUGAGAUUCGCACUAGCCAGUACACCUUAAUCACAUUUUUGCCCAAGAAUGUUUUCAUUCAGUUUCACCGGGUUGCUUAUUUGUAUUUUCUAGUUAUUGCUGUUCUCAAUCAGCUUCCGCCUCUUGCUGUCUUUGGGAGAACGGCAUCUCUUUUCCCCCUCCUGUUUGUGCUAUGUGUCACGGCUAUAAAAGAUGGCUAUGAGGAUUGGCGAAGACAUAGAUCAGACAACUAUGAGAACAACCGGGAGUCUUUGGUCCUUCAGUCUGGCCAAUUUCAAGUAAAGAAAUGGAAAAAUAUUCAAGUGGGUGAGGUUCUGAAGAUCUGUGCUGAUGAUACAAUUCCUUGUGAUAUGGUUAUGUUAGGAACAAGUGACCCUAGUGGAAUUGCCUACAUUCAGACAAUGAAUCUGGAUGGCGAGUCAAACCUCAAAACAAGGUUUGCACGCCAGGAAACAUCUUCAGCUGUAGCUGAAGGGUGUACAAUUAUGGGGAUCAUCAGGUGCGAACAACCUAAUCGGAAUAUCUAUGAGUUUACAGCCAACAUGGAGUUUAAUGGACAUACAUUUCCCCUGACACAGUCAAAUAUAGUUUUGCGUGGUUGCCAGCUGAAGAACACGGAGUGGAUAAUUGGUGUUGUGGUAUAUGCUGGACAGGAAACAAAGGCAAUGUUGAAUAGUGCAGCUUCUCCUCCCAAGAGAAGCAAAGUUGAACGCUACAUGAACAGAGAAACCCUGUCGUUGUCGAUUUUCCUUUUUGUCAUGUGUUCAGUUGUGGCUGCUGGCAUGGGCACUUGGUUAAUACGCCAUAAACAUCAGCUUGACACAUUGCCUUAUUACCGGAAACGAUUCUUCACUAAUUGGGGGAAGCUCAAUGGGAAAACCUAUAGGUAUUAUGGGAUACCUAUGGAGAUUCUUUUCUCCUUUUUGAGUUCUGUCAUAGUGUUUCAGAUAAUGAUACCGAUCUCUCUGUAUAUUACUGUGGAGUUGGUUCGUUUGGGCCAGUCAUAUUUCAUGAUUGAAGACAGGCAUAUGUUCGACUGUAACUCUGGAGCAAGGUUCCAGUGCAGAUCCUUCAAUAUCAAUGAGGAUCUGGGUCAAAUACGAUAUAUAUUUUCAGACAAAACAGGGACACUUACUGAAAAUAAGAUGGAAUUCCGCAGAGCAAGCAUAUAUGGGAGGGAUUACGGGAGCCGUGUGCUUGUGGCUGAUCAGUUGCAGGAAGAGAAUGAUACAGGAGGAGGUGUAGCUAGAAAGAGAUGGAAGCUAAAAUCUGAAGUUGCUGUCGAUUCUGAGCUAAUGGAGUUGUUGCACAAAGACUUGAGUGAAGAUGAGAGGAUUGCUGCACAUGAGUUUUUCCUUACAUUGGCAGCUUGUAAUACUGUGGUUCCUAUUGUCAGUACUGGUACAUCUUCCAGUUGUGCUAAAGGUGAUUUGGAUGUUGAUUCUAUUGAUUAUCAGGGGGAAUCCCCAGAUGAGCAAGCACUAGUUGCUGCAGCAUCUGGUUAUAGAUAUACUCUCUUUGAGCGCACAUCAGGGCAUAUUGCAAUUGAUGUCAAUGGUGAGAAACUAAGGUUGGAUGUAUUGGGUCUGCAUGAAUUUGACAGUGUUCGAAAACGUAUGUCCGUUGUUAUCAGAUUUCCAAACAAUACUAUAAAGGUGUUGGUGAAAGGUGCUGAUACCUCGAUGCUCAGUAUACUAGCUAAUGAUUCUCAAAGAGAUGAUGAAUUGAGACAUUCAACUCAGAGGCAUCUGAAUGAAUACUCCUCACAAGGUCUACGUACUCUUGUGGUUGCUGCAAGAGAUCUUACAAAUGAAGAACUUGAGCAGUGGCAAGGCAUGUAUGAAGAUGCAAGUACCUCAUUAAGUGAUCGAUCCUUAAAACUACGUCAAACAGCAGCUCUUAUUGAAUCCAACUUAAAGCUACUUGGGGCAACUGCAAUUGAGGAUAAGCUACAAGAUGGUGUGCCAGAAGCUAUUGAGUCCCUCAGGCAAGCAGGAAUUAAGGUCUGGGUUCUGACUGGAGAUAAGCAAGAGACAGCUAUUUCAAUUGGUGUAUCAUGCAAGCUCUUGACAGCAGAUAUGCAACAAAUUAUCAUAAAUGGAACUUCUGAGGCCGAAUGCAGAAAUCUUUUGGUCGAUGCUAUGGAAAAAUACGGUGUGCAGUCAUCAAAUGAAAUAAAUCAGAGUUUGAGAUGCAAAAGCAAUGCUGCAAGUGAUUAUGUGCUACCUGAUGAAGUGAAGACGUCCAAUGUGCCAAAAUGCCAUGCAGGGAAGGAAGAAGGAAAAAUCAGUGCCCCAUUAGCACUCAUAAUUGAUGGGAACAGUUUGGUAUACAUUUUGGAGAAAGAUCUGCAGUCGGAGCUUUUCGACCUUGCCACUUCCUGUAGUGUUGUUGUAUGCUGUCGUGUUGCACCAUUGCAGAAAGCUGGAAUUGUUGAUCUUGUCAAGACCCGUACUGAUGAUAUGACACUGGCUAUAGGUGAUGGCGCAAAUGAUGUUUCAAUGAUCCAAAUGGCAGAUGUUGGUGUGGGAAUUUGCGGUCAGGAGGGGCGUCAAGCUGUGAUGGCAUCAGAUUUUGCUAUGGGGCAGUUUCGGUUUUUAAAAAGAUUGCUUCUGGUGCAUGGACACUGGAAUUAUCAGCGUAUUGGUUAUUUGGUUAUUUACAACUUCUACCGCAAUGCAGUGUUUGUGCUGAUGCUAUUUUGGUAUAUAUUGUCCACAUCAUUUUCAACAACUUCUGCUUUGACAGAUUAUAGUAGUGUUUUCUAUUCUCUUAUAUAUACUUCUGUCCCUACAAUUGUUGUUGGGGUACUGGACAAAGAUCUGAGCCACAGGACAUUAUUACAAUACCCAAAAUUGUAUGGUUCUGGCCAUAGACAGGAAGCAUAUAAUGUACCUCUUUUCUGGAUAACAAUGCUUGACACCCUAUGGCAGAGUCUUGUUCUCUUUUAUGUACCCCUGUUCACCUAUAAGGAGAGCACCAUUGAUAUAUGGAGCAUGGGCAGUCUGUGGACCAUAUCAGUAGUUAUCCUUGUUAAUGUACAUUUGGCAAUGGACAUUCAUCGGUGGGUAUUUAUCACUCAUCUUGCAGUAUGGGGAUCAAUAAUCAUCACAUAUGCCUGUGUGGUGAUAUUGGAUUCGAUACCUGUUUUUCCCAAUUACUGGACUAUAUACCAUUUGGCAUGUUCUCCUACCUACUGGAUCACCAUUUUGCUUAUAAUAGUUGUAGCCUUGCUCCCUCGUUUUGUGUACAAAGUCGUGCAUCAUAUUUUUUGGGCCUCAGAUAUCCAGAUAGCUAGAGAAGCUGAGAUGUUACGUAGGAAACGUAAGCAUUUGGGCUCAGAGAAAGAUGAAGAUUCAAGUUAAACACGUAUAUAUGUCCCUCUGUUAGACAAAUUCACAUUCUGAGAUGGCUUUUCUCAUCUUGACCACAAUACGGCUUUCCAGUGGAGUGCGGUUGUAAAACUUUAAAGGUGGGUUCUUCUUUCCCUUUUGUUAUUCUUUUUAAUUUCUCUGUUGAGUUUGUCUUAGACUUUGGUCAUGCUGUUGACAAAGGUGUUCAUAAUAUUCUGGGUACAUGAGCAGAAAAUAAGUAUGAAAUAGUAACACAGGUUUCAUUGUUUUCUAGUGGUUAUCAAUAGAAUAACUUGGUGUAUGGGUAUCAGAAAUCUUUCUCUGAUUGUAUAACAUGUUGUAGAAUCUAAACGCUCCAACUGGUUUCUGUUUAAAAUAAGUAAAUGUUAAGAACUCGGUUCGACCUCGCACGUUGUUCUGUCAGCUGUAAAACCUGGUAUACUUGCUAACACUUUCCAACUAGUCUUAUACUAUGCCAUCCAUAGUGAUGGAUUA